AUGCGUGUUCUCCCUAUGCAGCAUCAAGCCCACCACCAGCAACAGGGUCACCCGCCUUCGCAACCGCUUCAGCAUUCGCGUCCCCCAAGCAUUGUUCACCAGCAACACCACCCUCAUUCGCAGCACCCGCCGCCGCAGCAUCACCAAGGCGCAUACUCGUCGCAACACACUCUCCCGCAGGCGUACCAGGCCGGCAACCAGGCGACCAGCACGCCAGAGACCUUGAACUACUACAACCACCCGAGCCCGUACAGCACUCCAGGUGCCACGAGCGGAUACACGUCCGCCGAUACCUCCGACAUGAUGGCCGCCGCUCAAAUGCCUAGACCUCCCUACCCUCCAAUGUCAUAUCAUACACCACAGUCCAAUUCGCCCGCAUCAGUAGCGUCACCAUCGCAGCAUGACCAGCACAGAAACUUGUACGGCCAGCCGCAGUCUCAGCAUUUGCAGCAGUCCAUGUACUACCAGCCUCAGCCUCAAUACCAGUCCAUGCCCCAUCAGGCGGCUCCCUCUCCCUACGCGCAGCAUGCCCAUCACCAACAACAUUCAAUGGCCUCGCAGCCCAAUAUGAUGAUGUCGCAUGCAGCACAGCAGAACCAGAUGCCGCCGCACGCGGCGCAGCACGCACAGCAUGCGCAGGCCGGCAUGACAGGUAGCCCGCGACCCAAGAUCGAGCCCCAAGUUCCCCUGCAGCUGCAGAAACAGCAGCCCUCUCCCAUGUCGCAGCCCCACCAUCAACAGGGUCCGCCACAACUUCAAAGUCCUGCCAACCCAACUCCUGCGGUCAACCCCAAUGCUGCUCCGGGCCCUAUCCCGGCAACGACGCCUCUCGUCGUAAGGCAAGACGGCAAUGGCGUUCAGUGGAUUGCCUUUGAAUAUUCCCGGGACCGGGUCAAGAUGGAGUACACCAUUCGCUGCGAUGUCGAGUCAGUAAACAUCGAGGAGCUCUCCCCAGAGUUCAAGCAGGAGAACUGCGUCUACCCAAGGGCAUGCUGCCCCAAGGACCAGUACCGCGGAAACCGGUUGAUUUACGAGACUGAGUGCAACAGAGUCGGAUGGGCUCUGGCACAGCUCAACGUGCCACUGCGAGGCAAGCGAGGCUUGAUUCAGCGCGCAGUGGACAGCUGGCGCAACAGCAACCAAGAUCCUCGACUCCGAAGCCGACGCGUUCGCCGCAUGGCCAAGAUGAACAGUCGCAAGCAGCAGCAACAAGUCCAGGGCGCUCCGCAUCCUGGUGCCCAUAUGUCAGGUCCCGGUGGGCCAGGAGGGCAUCCAGGCGCUCCCGCACCCAUGCCCACAGCUCAUGCGCCCAACAUGGGCAAGCCAACGAUAGGCGGCAUGGGGCAACCUAUGCACCAUCACCAUGCCGGGGGCCACCCUGACGGCGGCGCACCGGGUGGAGAAGAAGUCGGUGAAGGAAAUAAUUCCUACGAGGAUAAUCACCACCACCAUCAACCGCCAACGGCUCAGAUGCCCCCUGCUGGCAACGAAGAUGUGAGACAAGCACACGUCUUUGCGGGAUACGCGGGCCCGGGUUCAUAUCCCGUCGGUCCUCAAGGCGGGUCGAUGUCUCAUAUAGCUCCUCGAACCAACGGUGCCAUACCAGCGAGGAGCCAUAGCCGUGUCGAUGACGCCAAUGACGACCUGUUCCCCGAUAUCCCUGAAGCAAAGAGACGCAAAUUCAUCUUGGUUGAAGACAAUGUACGGGCCUCGCGCCUUCGUGUGCGUGUCACCUUGGACGGCGUAGACACGAAUGAGAUCCCAGACAGCUUCCGCAAGGGAGCCAGUGUAUUUCCCAGAAGCUUCUUCCCUCGUGAGAUGCAAAGCCCACCCCCCAGUGCCACGGGCUCGCAAUUCUUCGUCGACGACGUUUCCGAUGACGGAACGCAGGAGACCGAGGGUCGCGAAGCUUCCCGUCGCGGCGCCGAAAAAUCCAGGGGUGAGGUAGUGAAGAUUACCAUGGCAGAAGGCCAAGAGAGGGAGGCGACUAUUCCCAGGAUGAGAAAAACAGGUCGUGUGAACGAGGUGCGGCUGAACGAUCUUGGCUACCGGAUGGCUUGGCUUCAGAGCAGAGUCUUUUCUGGCCGAACCGUGUUCCUCCAACGAGCCCUUGACUGCUAUCGGAACAAAACGCGCGCAGCAAUCGAGGGUGCUAUGGUUGACGUCCAGUCUGUAGCACCACACUUUGAAACCAGGCCCGGGAAACGGCGAUGGGCUAAUCGGAUGAAACGCGGAGCGAAAAACAAUGACGAUUAA